AUGAGAAAGGAUAUAAAGAUAGUUAUAGUUGGUGACGAGGGAGUAGGUAAAACAACGAUCAUUUCAUCAUUUGUUAGUAAUUCAUUUGCAGAACAUGUUCAAAAGGUUGUACCAGAAGUUACAAUUCCUGCAGAGGUGUUGAAUGCACCUUGUGCAACUAGAAUCAUCGAUACUUGCAACUCUGAUGAUAUUCAACAACAAGGUCGUACUCAACUCAACAUUGAGUUGAAGCAAUGUGAUGCUGUCAUUAUUGCCUAUGCCAGUAAUCAAUUCAACACUUUUAUGAGUGUUCGUACUAAAUGGAUGCCAUUGAUUAAACAACUUCGUUCUUCAAAUCCAAUACCAAUUGUAAUUGUUGGAACCAAAUCAGAAAUGGAAGAAGAUCAAGACAAAUACAAGGAUCAAAUUGAAGAGACAAUUCAAAUGAUGAGUAAUGAUUAUGGAGAAACGAUUCGUUGGAUGCAAUGCAGUUCCAAAUUGAUGUUUAAUAUUCAUGAAGUGUUGGAAACAACUCAAAGCUUGGUUCUCUAUCCAGAACGCAUUCUUUUCGAUCGUCCAAAUGGUCGUCUCACUGACAAGUGCGAAAAGGUGUUGCGUAGAAUAUUUAAAUUGUGCGAUUUGGACAAUGACGGAUCGCUCAGUGACCAGGAAAUCAACUAUUUCCAACAAAGAUGCCAACAUGUGACCAUGUCGACCGAGGAUAUCAUUGAUCUCAAGGGAUUCCUUCGUAGUCGUAUCGAUAAUGGUGUCGAUGACAAUGGUUUUACUAUUGAAGGGUUCCUUUUUAUGAACCUCUUAUUCCUUAUGAAGAAUCCACAACAUACUUGGGUUUCAAUUCGUUCUUUCAAGUAUGAUGAUAAUUUGGAAUUAUCUCAAGAUUAUUUAUCUCCAUUAAUAAGUGUUCCAAAAGGUAAUUAUUUGGAAUUAAGUAAUGAUGGUAUUGUUUAUUUGAAAUCUUUGUUCAAGAGAUUUGAUUCAAACAAUGAUGGUUUAUUAAGUAAAUCUGAUCAACAAAAAUUAUAUUCCACUACACCUGGAUGUCCAUUCACUGAUGAAUCCUAUGAAAAGGUUGGAAUCAACAAAUCAACUGGUGAUUUAACUUUAAAUUCAUUCUUGUCACUUUGGAGUUUACAAACAUUUGAAGAAUAUCAAUUAACUUUAAAUUAUUUUGCCUAUUUUGGUUAUGACAGUAUUUUGAAACCAAAUACUACUUGCUUACUCCAACAAACAACGACUAGCGAUAGAACUACCUACAAUUGUUUUGUGUUUGGUCAAAAAUCAUCUGGCAAGAGUACAUUAUUACAAAACUUUAUCAAACAAUCAACCUAUUCCUCUGAUGAUACCAAGGAUUUAAUUGUUUGUUCUUUGCCAAUUGAUACUGAAAAAUUUAUCAUUUUGAAUGAAUUUAAUAAUCCACAAGUAGUAUUGGAAUCAAACAAAUUGACAAGAUGUGAUGGUAUUUGUUUGGUUUAUGAUAACAGUAUUGGUGGAUCACUAGACUAUGCAGUCAAUAUCUAUAACCAAGUUAUUAAAUCAUUUUCAAAGAUUCCAGUUGUCUUUGUACAUGUAUCUAAAACGGAAGAUCCAAACAACAGCAACAAUAGCGAUUCUGCAAUCUUGAAAAAGUUAAAUGUUGUGCCAUUGACAUUCUCAAUGACCAAAAAUAAUUUAAUAUAUAGACAAAUCUUUGAUUCAAUCGAAAGAAAUAAUCAUUCUACUAAUAACUCUAAAACCAAUAAUAACAACAACAACAAGGCAAUAACAAAACAAUCAAAUGUGUGGAUAACAUUGGGAGCAGUUGGUGCUAUUUUGGGAGCAGCUGGUUUCUUUAUUUUAAAACAAUUAAACAAGGCAGCAACUAAAUAA